AUCGGCCUUUGGACCCUCACGACAAGCCGGUGGUAAAUGAGGUAGAUCUCUUCUUGGAGGACCCCACCCCCAGCCCGAACUGUCACAUCCAGACCUCGAUUGAGAAGCUUUGGUGCUUUGUCAAGGCCAUCAGCUCCUUGAUGCACACUUAGAAGGAGAAGGCGGAGCUGUACUGGGAGCCCACCGGAGAUGCCCCUCUUUGGGAAUACGUUCAGCCCCAAGAAGACGCCCCCUCGGAAGUCUGCCUCUCUUUCCAAUCUGCACUCUCUGGACAGAUCCACUCGGGAGGUCGAGCUGGGCUUAGACUAUGGGACGCCGACCAUGAACCUGGCUGGGCAGAGCCUCAAGUUUGAAAACGGCCAGUGGAUAGCGGACUCAGGGGCCUGUGGAGGUGGGGACCGCAGGGAGGCCCAGCGGCUGCGGAAGAGGAACCAGCAGCUGGAAGAAGAGAAUAACCUCCUGCGGCUCAAAGUGGACAUCCUGCUGGACAUGCUCUCUGAGACCACGGCUGAGUCCCACCUCAUGGAGAAGGAACUGGAUGAAUUGAAGAGCAUUAGCCGGAGGAGGAAGUGAUGUCACAGGCGCCAAGCCCCGGGGUCGGGUAUCCAAGGUUCAGGGAAGAGGGAAGACUGGCCCUGGUGGACACGUCCUGUUGGUGGAGGACAGCAGCAUGCAGGACUGGCUGGAGCCGUGCCUUUGGGCCAGGGGAGGAUGGGGACUCAAUCCAGAGCCCGGGGUUCUUGGGGUGAUGUGGCGAAGCAGCCCCAGCCGGAGCUGACCCAAUGGAGGGAAGAGCGGGCCCCUCCCCUGCCAAGGCACGUCGUGGCCUGAGGUCCGGUGCUGGCCUCUGGCCUGGUCUGUCCCUCUCCCAGAUUAGUAGCGUGGCAGCUGCAGUGGUUCCUGCAGCCACCACCUCCUCUGGCUGCUCCCGGGCUGUGCGGUUUUUCUAGUUUUUACUAUUUCCAUUUUUAUUAAAGGCGAUGAAAUCA